AUGGCAUCCGGCCACGUUCUCCGAUUUCCCCGGUCAGACAGUGAAGGCGCUUUUGUCAUCGUCCAGGCCACGCCUACUAGGUCAAAGGCACUAGAUGUCAAGUUGGUGGGAACAGAUGGCGUGGAGCCAUAUGCCGUUUCUCUGCGUCAUGACAAAGUCGCAUCACUACGCGUCAAGAACAGUCCAGUGUCUGAGGAAGAAUGGGUCACUAUCCUGAUUGCGGUCUUGCACCAAGAACCGGCCGAGGGCGUUGAGGCAAUCGCCUCUGUGGAAAACGAGUCAGUUCUCACCCUGACAAUCCGAAAAAAGGGGAAUGAGUUUACACAACGGCUCGGCGCCAUCGAGUUGAGCCACAGCCCACGCGAGCUCAUUGAGCUAUUCGACUGGUGUGCGCUCUCGGCGCAGACAGCCAAUGAGGCCAAGGAAGCUCUAGCCUCGACGACUGCAAAGGCAAGCAAACUCGAAGAAUCUGUGCGGGAGCUCAAAGCUCAACUCGACGAGCUAGUCGCGGCCAAGGAGGCUGACGAGUCGGAACUGCUCGAAAAGUUCCGCGACCUGCUCAACGAGAAGAAGGUCAAGAUCCGCCAGCAGCAGAAGCUACUCGCGUCUGCAUCCGUCGAGCCGGAGAAGCUAGCGCAGGUACAGCAGAGCUCCCAGGCCGCGGUAAGAGGCCAUGCGGCCGCCAAGUCGAGGCCGGGCAAGAGGAAGACCGCUCCCGCGCCUGUCGAUGAUGCUGAUUCGUCAGAGGAAAGCGAAGGCAAAAUGGAUGUUGAUGAGGUGAAGGAGCAAGCUGCGGACCUGUCAGAUCAACAGCGUGACACGACUGAGGACGAGGACGAGACGGCUAGCGAAGAUGAUGACGACGAAGAGCCGGCAGCACCAGCACUCAGUAAGCACACGCGGUCUCAACUAUCACCACCGCCCAAGCCAAAGGCCGCUGCCACGCCCGCGAAAAAGGAGGCGCCUCCUGCAAAGAGGGAGUUGCCUUUUGCAAGAAAGAAAGCAGCUCCCAAAGCUCCACCGCCGCCCGCUGGCAGCGAGACGGAAUCUGAUGAUGAGUUAUGA